AUGUGUUCCUUGCUUUUAGCAUCCAAUUUCCUUCGUAUCACGUCUGCAAACAUACUAACAAUUUCAAGAAAUAUGUCUAUGUGGUCUGUAGGAAUAAAAUCAUUAAUUGGAAUUUGCACAGGUUUAUUUUGUGCAGGAGAAACAUUAUUUUUCUUUUAUAGAAUUUUAGUGAAUUUCGACGUUGAUUUCAUGAUGCAGUUUGCUCCGUUCAGCUUUAAUAACUGUUAUGCAGCCAUAAUCAUCGUUCAAACAAUCUGCAAAUAUUCAAGUUUCAAGAACCUUACAAAUUAUAUUGAUAAACAUUUUUGGUCUUUGGAUAAUGCGGAGACAGAAGCCCAAAAUGAAAUUUCGAUUGAUAUGAAAAUUUUUAAAUAUUUAAUGGUAACAUCUGUAGGCGUCGUUAUCAUUACUGCUACAGUUUAUAUGCCAGGGAAUGGCAUUUAUGAUGAUCAAACAAUGUUCGUACUAAUUGAAUGGUUACAUCAUGGUUAUUUUCCAGAAUAUGUAAAAUAUAUAGUAAUGAUUGUUAAUUUUUUAAAACUUUUCCCUCAAGCGUACUUCAUGUUGACGUAUCUUUUCCAAUUAUGUUUUUUUAUUAAUUCUUAUAGAUAUCAAACAAUAUUAAUUAAAUGGAAACUUAUUAAUAUUACAAAAGAUUUAAGUAAGUUAAACACCAAGAGUGAAAUGUAUUAUAAUGAAGCAUACCAAACUGCCAUAAAGCGUAGAUUGAUAAACUGUAUUAAGCAACAUAUUAUUUUAUCGCAGUAUGCCGAAAAAGUUAUUAAUUAUUUCUACUAUACCCUUUUAUGGCAGAUUAUGAGUGGCAUUAUAGUUUUCGUGAGCUUGAUUUACAUUUUUAUGUUUCAUAAUUCUUACAAUAAACAAUCUGCUGUAAUAACAAAUAUUGUAGGAGUCUAUUUUGCUUCUUUCUUUUAUACACUUUAUGGUCAGUUAUUUCAAGAUCAGAAUGAUAUACUUUUGGAAGCAACUAUGAAAUCCAAUUGGGAAAAUUUUAAUAAAUCCAAUAAAAAAACAUUAUUAAUUUUUAUGAUAAAUUUAAAGAGAUCAUACAUAUUAGUAGGUCUGGGUAUUAUACCUGUAAAUUUUGACAUGUUUAUAUGGUUUUGCAAUAAGGUUGUUGCUCUGCUGGGUGUAAUUGAGGCUAUGGAAUAA